AUGACGACUGUACAGAGUCUGGAUACUCUCCCAUUUGAUGUGUUUUACCAGAUCGCAACCUCGCUGGAUGACCGUGAUUUUGUGAACCUCAGUCGCACCAAUCGUGCUCUCUAUUCUCUGUCACAAAGCGAACAGAUUGCCCGCAAAACUGUCGAGAAUUUUUUACCCUACAGCAAAGAAGGUCAGGCUGCCCUGGCGGCCCAGUCCGGUUUUCGAAAAGCCGUCGGGCAUCGGCUUGCUAUCCACGAGGCUGUCGCCACGGCAGAUCCGUAUUCGGUGGUCUGCCUAGGCUAUGGGGCUGAAUUUCUCUACAACCAAGGAUAUUUGUGUUAUCGCUCUGAUAAUUGGAUUCGUUUGCUGUACGUGCAUGGUCCUGCAUUCAGGGAACGUGUCAUGGACCUCCGUGAUGUGUUCCCUCAACUGCUGAAAACCGGGUUCGUAGAGCCAGGCGCAGAAGAUCGUGUUACGCUCUUGAGCUACUGCGAUGAUAUUCUCGUCUUCCGAGUGGCCGACGUAAAUGCGACCGAGGAUGCGUUACUCGUGGCCAAUAUGGCGUGGCGGAAAACCAACCAGGAACGAGAUUGUUUCCUGCUCGUUGAGAAAAUCCCAGCUUCUGCGCCACUCUUUGUACGGCACUGCGGAUCUUACAUAUGGUAUGGUACAUUUACUGCUGCCGAUGGUUCGGAUGGUGUGUGGUCUAUCACUGGUGUGGAUCUCGAAUCGAAAGAACCUAUUAAGUUCUUGCUCGACCGAGCGGUCGAUGGCGAUCUUGGACAAACACUGUGUUUUGAGAUGCAUGAUGAACAUCUCUAUGCAGUUUCGACGCAAGUUGUCGUAGAUGACGAUGAAGUACACUCCUCUUUCUACCAUUGGUUCUGUCACGCCCCUCGCGAAGACGGCCGCAAAUGGAACGGUCGCUUGUGGCGCCGAGAGCAUCAAGAAGGCCCGAUCAAUGAAAUGUGGACUGAUCUUUCAAUUCGUAAAGAUGAGACAACUGGCCGGCCAGUCAUACUUGAAUGCCGUCGUGAGUGGCGCGAUGGCAAAAGCGAAAAUCACCGUACAUACUACACACAGCGACUUCCUACACCGGAGGAAGCUCUAGCACCUCUUUCAGGAGGCACUAUCGAAACUCCAUCCUGGUUGUCUAUAGAUGAUGACCUUGAGAACGACUCCCCCUACGAUGAGCGACCUGCAAAGCGGUUGCGGCGGCAUUACCAUGCCGAGUACGAGUCUGGCUCUACCAAGCGGCAGGAGUUCAUCGCAGCUCGCACCAAACACAGAAGCUACCAUCUCGGUGCAUCCACCUUUGUGGACAUUGUUAACGACCCUGACGGUAAUAAUUUACGGUCUAGAGAUAGAAUCAGGUUGCGGACGGUGUCCCGCAAGCGCAAAUGUCCUAUUGACGAGGAGGGAAUCGAGGGACCUCGCAACCGACUAUUCCAACCCACUCAGGUAGACCACUACGGCUUACCUGUUGAAGGCUCUGAGGAACGCUUCGAGUGUCGUGGUGUGCGUAUGUGGCCUCCAGAAGACGCCCCACCUGCAUUACAAAAAUUGCUUUGCCCAGGCCCGCGCACCGGAUCUGUGAAAAGUAUUGCAGACGAACGCUCCAUCAUCUAUUCGAUUGACGCCCCCGGACUUCCCCCCAAUCAACAAGCUCUUAUCCUCAUUAGCUUUGAUCCACAUUUUCAAAUUCCCAUUACGACGCCUCUUCCCACUGCUACCUCUCCAGAUUACCAGGCUUCUGGGGAACUGUUCCCAGAGACACUGAAGCCACCACCUCCAUAUUCUCCUUUAGGCAAUAUGGUGGAAGAAGCACCGCCCUUUUACAUGGGUAUCAAGCGCUGCAAACAAUACGAACAGUCGAUUCGGGCGUACGGGCGUACGGGAGGCCUUGGGCAGCAAAUCUCAUUCAUGAUUUCACCAUUGAACAUUAGUGACAGUCAAUUGGGUGCCCUAGACAUCACUUGGCAUAUCUAA